CUUUUGCCAAUCUGUAGAUGGGUUUUAAAAUGUGCGAUAUCUAUUUUCCGUGUUCGCAAGUGUUGCUCUUCAUUUCCUAACCUUUGAUUAAGCCAACGAAUAACAUCCAAAAUGACACAGUAUUUGGAUAGAUUCAUUCCCAGCCGCACCAGCAUCAAUUUCGAUGGUUUUCGUGUCGGUCGGUCAACAAACGACUUAUACGAUGUCCAGCUGGAUGAUGAAGAUGAUGCUCUCCACCGAAUAUUUUUAAAUACUGCCAGGAAAGCGAACUAUUUGGUAAACUAUAAGAAACGGAUUUCAGAUGUGCUGAAUAUUAAGCAUUCAAACAUGAUUAUUUCUAAUAAAAAGCGCUCAGCCCGUUAUAUACCUAAGACAUCUCCCUGGCCUGUUAAGGCCAGAAAGCAGCCUUUGCUACAUCAGCCGCACGCUGCACUUGACAUGCCCAAUAUCAACCAAGUGGAGACACAUAUGUAUAGACACGUUAUUGAUUGGGGACGAAAAGGACAAAUUGCCACAAUAUUUUUUGGUGAGGUCCAUUUAUGGAGCUCUAGAAAUGGAGAAAUUGCUUACACAAACACUGGGAGAACCGUUUGUGACUGUCUCAAAUGGAAUCGAACCGGCAGUCGAAUUGCAGUAUCGAGAACCAAAUCUGGCAUAAGCAUUAUCGAUGGUGCAACUUUAAAAAUCCAUGAAACAGUAACGUGUCCCUGUCGCACCUGUAAAGUAACAGCUUUUGAGUGGACAAAAAAUAACAAUAUUAUUGCGGGAUGUUCUACAGGCUCCAUAAGUGUAAUAGGCGUAACAGAGAUAAAGUACGCUUGUCGAAUUGUAAAUGAUCCGAUUAUCGACUUACAACUAUCGUGCGAUGAGACCUAUCUGAUGGUUGGCACAAAGAAUAAUGAUUUACAUAUUUUCCAAUGGCCUAUUGAACUAAAUGGGGUACCAAAAUCAGCUUUUUUAUUUCAUAGUCAUAAGUUCCGAAAGUGUGCAGCAUGGCAUCCAUGGAAAAAUUCUAUUUUAGUCAUAGGAUAUAUACCCGAUAACAAAAUAUCCGUAUGGAACAUCAACUCUAGGAAAUGUAUUGAUUAUAGCACUGUUGAGCCAUUGUUUAAGAAAGCUUCAGAUUGUAUUUUAGAUUAUCUUACUUUCUGUCCGAUGUCUGGAGAACUUGUGGUCAGUUUUUACUAUGAAAACUCUGACUCCGAUGAAGAUAAUGGAUGUAACUUUCUAACUGUAUUCAGUGAUUUACACACUCGCGUGGAUGAGAUUCGAUAUCAUGUGGGAAGGGUGCCUUAUGCACUUUGGAAUCAACAUGGAACAAAGUUAGCAACUUUAAGCACGGAUGAAAAUCUCGUUAUAUGGGACUUCUUUGGAAAAGAAUCAAAAGCUAGAAUUCAUGCCAUAAAGAAAGCUGCGAAAUUCCCUGGCAUUUUUGAUUCUCGGUUUCAAUUUGGAUCGUUUUUAAGAUGAUAAUAUUUAUACAUUGUUUCCUGUAUUUUAUUUUAGCAUAGUUUCGUUGUUUCUGACUGUACUGGAUUUAAAUGUCAACUUUUUGGCUACCUAUAUUGCUGGAUCUAUUUCGAGCCACUAACGUUAAAUUUCGAAUAAUGCACAUAUUUAUUGGUUAUUCAGCGUGAGCACCUACUUCCAACUAAAUCAGCUAUAAUUGUUAUUGAAAUAAAAUCUAAUGUAGUUGUAGUUGUAGAAUGCGUUUUUGCUGUAGAAGUGUUUAUUUAUAAAUUGCCAACAAAUAGGA